GACAAUUUAUCCUGCUGCUGAAUGGAAACGCUUAGCUAACUGUGUGUUCAUAAACAUGGCAGCACAUCUGAAAAAGCGAGUUUAUGAGGAAUUUUCCAAAGUUGUACAGGUGAGCACAAGGAACUUUUGGCUCCUCUCAGAGAUGAUUUUUAGCCAAAGAGGAUUGAGGGAUGUCCAGAGCAUUAUCAGCGACUACUUUGGAGACCAAGACCCCAGAGUGCGCACUGCAGCCCUCAAAGCCAUGCUGCAGCUGCACGAGAGAGGGAUGAAGAUUCAUCAGAUUAUUUAUGAUCAGGCCUGCAGGCUGCUCACAGAUGACUACGAGCAGGUCCGUUCUGCAGCAGUGCAGAUGGUUUGGGUGCUGAGUCAGCUGUACCCAGAGAGCAUCGUACCCAUCCCAUCAUCCAAUGAGGAGAUCCGGCUGGUUGAUGACGCAUUCGGUAAGAUCAGUCACAUGGUCAGCGAUGGUUCCUGGAUGGUUCGGGUGCAGGCCGCGAAAACAUUGGGUUCGAUGCUGCAGGUCAGUCCUCACUUCCUGGAGCAAACUUUGGAUAAGAAGCUGAUGUCAGACCUCAGGAGGAAGCGCACAGCCCACGAACGAGCCAAGGAGCUCUUUGCUUCCGGAGAGUUCUCCUCUGGCAGGAAGUGGGCCGACGACGCCCCGAAGGAGAAACUGGACACGAACACAGUCAACCUCAUCGCCUCGGGGGCUUGCGGAGCAUUCGUCCACGGCCUGGAGGAUGAGAUGUUUGGUAAAGGAAACCCAGACUCGUCUCGAGACAUCAGAGAAGCUCUCCAUGAAUUACUGUGUUACACCAACGUCUCCACUAAAGAGUGCAUCCAGCUGGCUCUGCUGGAGCUGCUCAAGAACCUGAACAAGUAUCCCACCGACCGCAACUCUGUCUGGAAGUGUUUGAAGUUCCUGGGAUCCCGCCAUCCUACGCUGGUGUUGCCGCUCGUUCCUGAACUGCUCAGCACACAUCCAUAUUUCGACACGCCAGAGCCGGACAUGGACGACCCGGCCUAUAUCGCCGUCCUGGUGUUGGUGUUCAAUGCUGCCAAGUCGUGCCCCACCAUGCCGGCGCUGUUCUCCGACCACACCUUCAGACACUACGCCUACCUGAGGGACAGCCUCUCCCACCUCGUGCCGCCGCUAAGAUUGCCCGGCAGGAAGCAGGUGUACGGUCUCGACUCUGUGGACUCGGGUCCGGGUUCUGGUUCUGUGGAAUCUGCUCAGCUCUUCCUUCAACAGAGUCUCAAUAGAGUCAGCACCAUCCAGAACCUGGAGGCACCUGGAGCCCAGGACCUGCUGGACUUGACCAUAAGGAUUUGUGCUGACAGCGUCUGGUGGGUUUUGUCAGCCCGCACGGACUGUCCCGACUCACCGUCGGUGUUUCGUGCCUCCCUCAGGCUGUUUCUGACCGAGCUGCCACACCUCCAGGACAGUUUUGUGGAUAAGCUCUUGGAGCUGAUGCCGCGCCUGUCGUCCUGUAAGCCGGUGGAGCUGGUGAAAAUCCUGCAAACGACCCUGAGACAGAGCGGCCUGCUGCAGCUCAGACUGCCCGAACAG